GCGCAUGCGCACAUAUCUGUCUGCUCGCAUUUCCUUUGAGAAAACCAAAAUGUGAAACGGCUAUUUCCAAAAAUACUCAGCAUGAUGAUGCACGAACACAGUAGACACUUGGCAGUCAGCCCUUAACACAGACAGCACUGGACAUCACCAGCACCAUGAAGGGGGCAGCCCUGUGCUACGUUGUGGUGUCACUCUGUACUGGUAUCUGCUGUGGCCUCACUAACAGGAAAGUUUACAUUGAGGCUGACAAGAACUGCGGGCAGACCCACAUGCUGGAUUCAGGGGAGAUAAUAGUCAUAGGUUCCCAGCGAGGUCCCUCGUCUGACCUGCAGGCUGAGUGUGAGAUUGUUUUCACUUCCGCAAGCCCUGACGACCAGGAUCGAGUGUGUAUGGAGAUUGAAGAUCUCGACUUCCAGGGGAACUGCUAUGCUUCUCUCACACUGUAUGAUGUUGCCACGGAGACUGCAUCUCGGAAGAAGGAGUUGGGGUCCUUUAGUUGCCACAAGGCUCCACCCAUGGAGGUGUGCUCAGUAGGGAGAACAUUGAAGAUGGAUCUGAAUCGAGGUUUUGUUUCGUACCAGAGAGACCUGGUGUUGUUCUUGUUACAGGUGUACACAAAGAAUCCUGAUGCCCCUCUAGAAGAUCGCAUCAAGGAGGUGCCCAGUGUAUUCCACAACGUAGAUGCCUACAUCAUCAUCCUCAUCGUCAUCGCUGCUGUAGUUAUCCUCAUGCUCAUAACUGUGAUCGCCUUGGUCACAUUCUAUGUGCGCCGGAAAUCCUCUAGAAGCUCAAGAAGGGGAGGCAACUCCACCAGCUCUGCCUUGCCUAAGACUCAGGCUGCCCACCCUUUGCAGACACCAGCUCCAAGACAGGAACUGAAGCCAAGUCGGGUUGGAUCCCAGGAGUACUACCCGCUACGCCCAAUACCUCAGCGUCAGUAUAUCGGUCAGCACUUCCCUGCCUUCAGCUACCAAUCCUACACUGACCAGUGCUGGCCCAACAAGGACGAGGGAUACCCCAGCUCGGGGCUGACGGCCAGUGCGGCAGGAACCCAGUCUACCCCCGUGUCCUCCUACUACCAGACCUACUCCCUCCAGGAGCACCCCCAGGCCUGCCACUGUUACAGCUACCCCAGCGAGAGUCUCCAGCCAGACAACUACCCCGCUGAUGGCUACACCAGUGAGAGGUGCUCCGGGGGAGAACUAUGAGAGGUACUCCGGGGAAGGUUACCAUAGUGACAGUUAUGUUACUGACAGGUACCCUGCUCAACAUUACUCCUUGGAGAGAUUCCCCCCACAUGGUGUUCUACGAGGGUAUACAGGGUAUCCUGGCAUCACCCACCCAUUGAUGCCAGGUCUGUGUUACAGCUCCAACCUGGGCUAUCGGCCCGGGGAGGAAGACGCUGAUCAGUCCGAUGUCAGUGAAAAUGAAGAUGAGGCUGGUAAGGGGAAACAACUCUGUCAGGGCCUGGAAGGAAAUGAUGGGCUCUGUAAGUCUAUUAAUGGAAGAGAAGAUGAUAACAACCCAGAAUACCAAGAAAUUGGUCCACCACAGUUCAAACAUGUGACAUUCAUGUGAUACCUGAAUUGUGAAGCUAAUUGUUGUAUGUUUGUUACUUUGAAGUGUGAGCUUUCAUAGCAUGUUGAAGACUCCGACAUUGUUGGUUAUGUAGAUCAGAAGUGUGAUUCUUUGACAAUCUUGGAUUAACUUCUACGCAUGCUGUUUGUUCCCUGUUGAUGUGAACUCGAUGAUGGGUCAGGGCUGUGAAGAUAUUUUUGUACCUGUAAUGAUGGGUGUAUUGCAGCAGUGUUGUGGCUGUUUCUCGUCUCUAUGGAGACGGUCAUAGUAAUGGAUAGGGAAGUGGCACCAUUAUCGAGGGUCAUACUGAUGACAUGAAAUAAAACAUCACAUAUUCAACUUCCAAGUGUACAUUUCUGGAACCACUUUGUACCAACAUUGACUGUUACUUGUCAUGUAUUACAUAUGAUUAGGCUAACCACUUGUUGUGUUCAGGCACAUGUUUUGGGUAGCUUUUAACAUAAGAUCCAAGUUAGCACAUUUCACACCUGUAAAUAAGCCCAGUGUAUUUUUCCAGUUUCAUACCAGCGUCCUGUCAGUGUGACACUGGCCUAAACAUGUUGGCAUAUAUUCAUGUUGGACACACUACCGACCAAGGUGAAUCUUCAGUGAUAGUGCUGAAUAUAUAAUAGAAUGCUUCUAUUCUUUACUGACAUCCUCGAUUUAGGGUAUGCUACUUAAAGUUUCUUCAAUCACUCAGAAGAGUAUUUUUCAGCCAAAUGUAUGCAAAAUUGCAUUGUCAUUAUUUAUUUAGGUGAGAGAAAAUCUUUUGAAGGUGAUGUUAGUGAAAUGAAAGUGAGUGAAUUAGACACCAUCUGUACAGUGUGUAGUUGGGAGGAAGACUUCCUCAUCCUAACAAUGAAUGUUGAACCUGCUGUCUAAUAUACUCGGCCUAUUUACAUGAUAUUCCCAUUGUGAUGAUAUACAUCAUACUCCCAUUAUGAUGAUAUAAAUCCUAUUCCCAUCAUGAUGAUAUAAAUCGCCUAUUAUGAUGAAUAAAUCCCAUUAUGAUAAUAUAAAUACCUUACUCCCGUCAUGAUGAUAUAUGUCGUACUCCCAUUGUGAUGAUAUACAUGAUACAUCAUUCUCCCAUUAUUUAGAUGAUGAUUGUUGAUAUGAUACGCAGUGAAUUAUUUGAUGUUUAAACAGGAAACAUGUAUUUUGUAUGAAAUGUCAGCUUUAUAGGCAUGAUGUCAGAAAGGAGCCAGCUGACUCUCUCGCUGUAUUUAUAGUGCUUAUUUGGUAUAGUGCUAUGUGUAAAUCUGCCCAACUGAUGCAUUGUACUCCAAUCAUGAUGGCAUACAUGGUACUCCCAUCAUGAUGAUAUACAUCAUAUUCCAGUCAUAAUGAUAUACAUCUUACUCCCAUCGUGAUUGUCAACAUACUUGGACCUCUUCAGGCUUAUAGAUAUAUGUUCAUAUUGGACACUCAACUUACCAAGGUGACCCUUCAGGAAUGAUGUGGGGUACAUUAGUGGUGUAACAAAAUGGCAAUGCGGUAUUAUAUUGCGAUGCGAGGGUAAUGAUAGAAUAGAUCGAUUUGCACUUCCUGUAUUGCAGUAUGUAUGAUCAUACAUUUCACUACAUUAUGUUGAUGUAUAGACGUGUGAAUACUAACAGAAAUGGUUCAAGAACAGGUAUUGUCUGGUUGGCUAUAUAGAAAAUCUGAAAUAUCAGGAUGUGAAUCAUAUUGAAGCCCAUGUUAUCGGGAUGCAUAUCAUAUCAUAGCCUCAUCGUGUCAUUACACCUGUAGUGGUCAUGUGGUAACAUGUUCAGACUAACCACCACCCACCUAGAUAAGAUGCAGCAGUGUACCUGGGGAACCUAGGGCUUUAUGGUGCAGCAUCUGAAUCAAGCAAGUCCCUAAAUCUGUCCACAUCUGUUCUAAGUUCAUAACACGAAGUUGAGUUUCUUUCUGAAUUGUGACACAGCUCUGUGAGUCAACUUGAGAACCAUGGAUCACCGUAAAGUGUCAACAAGUUCACUUGAUAUGUAUUCCGAAAUGUAGAUUUUAACAAGUAAACUCUUAAUUAUAAGAGUUUCUAAAAUUAGGACAGCUGGACAUAUAUUUGAAACCAGGCUGUUUGAACCAGGCUGUGUGCACCAAGCUGUUGGAUCCAGGCUGUUGGAGCCAAGCUGUUGCAACCAGGCUUCGGGACCAGGCUGUUUGAUCAAGGCUGUUGCAACCAGGCUGUUUGAACCAAGCUGUCCAUGCCUAUUUGCUGUUGAAUGUAGAGUUGUUGUCAUGUAAUGCUGUUAGACUCAAAUAUAGUACCUUUACAAACCAAAUUGUCCUAGCCAAUGUACUUGAUGACCAAAGACAACCAUGUGCUGUUAUGAAGAUAUAAUAUGAAUGUUUAUUUGCCAUGGUAGCUUCAUGACACUGUGAUAUCUAACAUGUGACUUAUAUAUAUAUAUAUUUAUAUAUAUAGAAGAAGUUUCUGAAAUGAUCACAUGACACGGAUCUUCUCCAACAUGUUUCACUUUUAU